CUGAAAUCCUCAUCUUCCUGUUUUUGUUUACUCUGUGAUCCCUGAAUGAAUAAGUGAAUGAGCGAAUUAAUGAAACCAUCGAUGAAGUUAUCAUUAAAGUGGAUAUAAAACGUUCGAGUCCGGCCUCAGCUACCUAACCAGUUAUGCGGCCCUGGACAAAUCCCUAAUCUCUCAGUUUCUGGGAAGUGGGUGUGUGUGAGAAUGGACCAGGCGGAGGAAGCUGGCCCAGAUCCGGGAGACGCGCGUCCCCUUCGGCCCCUGACAUCAGGUGGUCUGCUUAACCUUUGCCUGUCUCAUCUGCGCAAUGGCGAUAACAACGAGAAUUACCCCGGGGACCAGGAGAGUAGCUAGUGUGUGAAGCACUAACUGGAGGGAAUAGCCCCUGGUAACUGGGAGGACAUUGAGUGCACAUAGCGCCAGGUGCCAGUUACUGUCUCUGAGUACUAGGAGGCACAGAGAAAACAGCCCCUGCCCCUAGUGCAGCAGAAAGUGUGUGCGUGACUCCAGGAUAUGUCCGUCAGAACCGCCUGUUCUCAGGGGAGACCGGACAAGCGUCGGAGAAAUGUAGGCCCCGUGGGUCCCAGGCCGCAGUUAGGACAGCACGUGGAUGGGCCCCAGAGCCUUCUGGGGACUUGGUGUCUGCUGUGGCUUCCGCUCCUGGGCCUCUGUCCUCCCUCCUCCCGUGAGCUCCUGCGUAAUUCUGGCGCACCUCAGUAGCUCUGGGGCUUCUCCUGCCCCCCGAGAAAGGCCUUGAGAAGUCGAUGAAUCAGACAGAAAAUCAUCAUUUUUGUGCCCUGUACAGAGCAGGAUAAUAGCAGCCGAGUGCAUCGAGGUUUCCAGAACACUUUGCACGCAAUCACCUUUGCUGUCAGCCCCUGGCGGAGGCCCGCGGGCGGGGUGAGGCUCACUGUCGGUUCUCUGAAGUCCCUCCUAACGUGGAGGGUCCAGAGCUGGCUGGGCGCGGACAACGAGAGGAGCAAGAAUUGGCUGUUUUAUCAUUGCUUUGAGUGAAAAAUGCAAUUUACCUCUCAAUUGGACUUAUUUCCUGACUGCACGGUGACGCUUCUCCUGUUUCGUAAUGUCAAAAAUGCUGGAGAUUUAAGAAAAAAGGCCAUGGAAGGUAACCUCAGUGGGGCAUUAAUUAACGCUACCAUGGUUCUCGACCCAUUUCAGAUCCUCACAGCAGCCAACAAAGCCGUCCAUCUCCAGAAGCUUGGGAAAAUGAAGACCAGGACUCUGUGCACGGAAAUUAUCUUCAACCUCUCCCCGAACAACAGUAUUUCAGAGGCCUUGAAGAAGUUUGGCAUCUCCGACAGUGACACUUCAGUUUUAAUUGCUUGUGUCGAAGAAGGAGAAAAACAGAUGAAUCCAGAAGAUCUGAUAUCUCAGGUGGAUGGUGAUCAGGUUUCCCUCGACAUACUUCCAGAAAUAACAGAUAUCACCAAAGUUAAAAAGAUAUACAAAUUAACUUCCAAAGAAGAAAAGAUUGGGACAUUAUUAGAAAGUAUCAUUUGCAGAAUGGCAACUAAAGAUGUUUUGUGAAAUUAAAAAAAAAAAGAAUCAAGAAA